AUGGCCGAAAAGACUGCAUUGGUCACGGGCGCCACUGGCCUGCUAGGCAGGCAAGUCGUCCGGGCUUUCGAGAGAGGCGAUUGGAACGUCAAGGGCGCCGGCUACUCCCGUGCAGAUGGCACCUCAGUUCUCAAGGUCGACCUAGCAAAGGCGGCCGAAGUCGAGGCUGCGCUGGAUAAAGUCAAGCCACAAGUUGUCGUGCAUUGCAAGUCGCCACCCGAGCCCAUCGUCGAGGACUGGUCUCACUGGCACGGCGCCGCAAACCGAUUCCCCGACAAAUGCGACAAAGACCCCGAGGGUACCCGUGCCCUGAACGUCGAAGCGACGGGGAAACUCGCGUCCCUGUGCGCCGCCCGCGACAUCCUGCUCAUCUACAUAUCGACCGACUACGUCUUCCCCGGCAGGCCCGGCGACGCCCCGUACCAGGCCGACGCCGAGCCGCAGCCGACCAACAUGUACGGCCAGACCAAGCUGGACGGGGAGCGCGCCGCGCUGGAGACCUUCCGGUGUGCUGGGAAGCCGGGACUGGGAGUGGUGCUGCGCGUGCCGGUCCUCUACGGCGACGCCGAGGUGCCGUCCGAGAGCGCGGUCAACACACUGAUGGAUACCGUUUGGAAAGCUCAGGAGCCCGGGGCCAAGAUCUCCAUGGACCACUGGGCACUGCGAUACCCCACCAACACGGAGGACGUAGGACGGGUGUGCCACGAUGUUUCGGUCAAGUACCUAGGAUCCGACGUUGACCGGUCCGCGUUACCCCAGAUCCUGCAGUUCUCCUCCGAAGAUAAGUACACCAAGUAUGAGCUGUGCCAGGUCUUUGGCGAGAUCAUGGGUUUGAACAUUGCGGCGAUCGAGCCUAAUACCGAGGGUAAUGAUCCCAAGACCACGGUGCAGAGGCCCUAUGACUGCCAUCUCAGCACGCGGGCGCUGAAGGAUGUCGGGAUAGACGUCGCGACGCAGGAUUUUGUUGGUUGGUGGCGGUGGCAGGUCAAGGCGCUCAGAAAGUAA